GGCAGGACUAGUGCAAACCACGUGAUCGCACGAGCGCAUUGCAGUAAUCGCUAAUGAUCAAGGCUUGGGCGUCUGUGGAAGGUGCAGGACACGGCUAUUACAAGUAAACGUGCAGGUGGGAGUCUCAAUGAUUGUAACACCGAACUCUGACAGAAUUAUUCAGUUCAUCAGGACCUGGAUAUUUGCAUUGAGUGGUGAUGAGAACUGGACAGGGUACUCCAGAAGAGGCCUCACCAACAUUCUAUACAACCUCAAUGGAAUGUCUUAACUCCUGUACUCGGAGGUCUGAGCAAUAAAGGAUUUUGAACAUUGAAGGAAAAUACACCGUUCACACUGGGAAGUAACUGUCUGUGAAAGUUCAUCUGAAAUGUCCAAACACCAGCGCAGUGACAGUCGGGAGAGACGGUGGAAAUGUCGGGAUUGUGGGAAGGGAUUUCUGUACCCAUCCCAGCUAGAAACUCACCAACACAGUCACAGUGGAGAGAAGCCAUUUAUUUGCUCUCAUUGUGGGAAGGGAUUUAUUCGGUCAUCCCACCUGCUGGAACACCAGCGAAUUCACACUGGGGAGAGACCAUUCACCUGCUCUGAUUGUGGGAAGGGAUUUGCUCAGUCAUCUAGCCUGCUUAAACACCAGCGAGUUCACACUGGAGAGAAACCAUUCACCUGCUCUGAUUGUGGGAAGGGAUUCAAUCAGUCAUCCAACCUGCUGAAACACCAGCGAGUGCACACUGGGGAGAAGCCAUUCACCUGCUCUGAAUGCGGGAAAGUAUUCACUCAGACAACUCACCUGCUGAUACACCAACGGAUUCACACUGGAGAGAGACCAUUGACCUGUUCUGUGUGUGGGAAAGGCUUUGCUGAUUCGAACUCCUUGCUGAUACACCAGCGAGUUCACUCUGGGGAGAGACCAUUCACCUGCUCUGAGUGUGGGAAGGGAUUCACUUGCUCAUCUAACCUACUGAGACACCAGAGCAUUCACACUGGGGAGAGACCGUUCACCUGCUCGGAUUGUGGGAAAGGAUUCACUUGCUCAUCUCACCUACUGAUACACCAACGAGUUCACACUGGAGACAGACCAUUCACCUGUUCUGAGUGUGGGAAAGGAUUCAAUCGGUCAUCCUACCUGCUGACACACCAGCAAAUUCACAAAGAACCACAGUUGAAAGAUUUCACUCUGACUCACACUAAGGAAUGAACCAUGGUUUAGGGCUGUUUGUAUUAAAGUUUUUAAUCCCUGCUGAAUUAAAGGUGCUGAUGUUGUUAAUUAAAUGUUAAUAACAAAUGUGUGCAUCAGUGGGGUAGGUUUUGGAAAUGAUCACAUCAUCUCUGUACAUCAACACAUUCACAUUGUUGAAAGACUCUCCAUCUGCAUGGAGAAGGGAUUUCCUGAUUCAUCAGGACUGGUUAACCACCAAAGAAUUUCUAAAUGAUUUUAGGUGUUGCUUUUUUUAUACUACUGCUGUCAAUAUCCAAGCCAUGUUUUUUGGGCUUGUUUCUGGUAAUCAUAAUCAUAGAAUCCCUACAGUGUGGAAACAGGCCCUCUGAAGACCAUCCUAUCCAGACCUAUGCCCCUACCCUUCCCCAGUAACCCUGCAUUUCCCAUGGCCAAUCUGCCUAAUUUACUUAUCUUUGGAUUCCAGGAGGAAACCCACAUAAGCACAGGGAGAAUAUGCAAACACCACACAGUCACCUAAGGCUGGAAUUGAACACUGGUCCCUUGUACUGUGAGGCAAUAAUGCUAACCACUGUUCCACUUUAUGUUUGUACACACCAUACGUCUGGCUACUUAUUUGAGAGAAAAAUAAUAUAAAAUCAGCUUUUUGUUGAACA